AUGCAAGAUUCAUUUCUUCUUCUAUAUUUAAUGCUACUCUCAGUUUGUUUUUACAGUUUACGACCGUAUGCUUUGCAUGAUUUUAACCAUGUAGAGAAUCUAUCUAUCUAUCUAUCUAUCUAUCUAUCUAUCUAUCUAUCUAUCUAUCUAUCUAUCUUUAUUUAUUUAUUUAUUUGCUAUCUGCCGAAAGAUGAUAGCUCAGAUUCUGUAACGAUUACUCUUUCAAUUCAUACGUCUAUUCUUUCUACCUUUCUUUCAAUUUUCAUCUCAUCUAUAAAUUACUUCUGUUUUAUUCUUAUCAAUGUAUUACUUCCGGUUGUCAUCUAUCUAUCUAUCUAUCUAUCUAUCUAUCUAUCUAUCUAUCUAUCUAUCUAUCUAUCUAUCUAUCUAUCUAUUUGUAUAUAUCUAUCUACUAGUUUGUAUCUAUCUAUCUAUCUAGUUUGUAUCUAUCUAUCUAUCUAUCUAUCUAUCUAUCUAUCUAGUUUGUUGUAUAUAUCUAUCUAUCUAUCAAGUUUGUAUAUAACUAUCUAUCUAUCUAUCUAUCAUCUAUCUAUCUAUCUAGUUUUUUGUAUCUAUCUAUCUAUCUAUCUAUCUAUCUAUCUAGUUUGUAUCUAUCUAUCUAUCUAUCUAUCUAUCUAUCUAGUUUGUAUAUAUCUAGUUUGUAUAUAUCUAUCUAGUUUUAUAUAUCUAUCAUUCAUAUCUAUCUAUCUAGUUUGUAUAUCUAUCUAUCUAUCUAUUUGUAUCUAUAUAUCUACUAGUUUGUAUCUAUAUCUAUCUAUCUAUCUAUCUAUCAAUUUGCAGAGAUAUCUAUCUAGUUUGUAUAUACACAGAUUGAUUUAUCUGUUAUCUAGUUUUUUAGUUUGUAUGUAUUAUCAAACUUUUGCAGUUUAUUUCUAUCUAGUUUGUAUAAGCAAUCUAUCUAAAAAUAUAUUUUCGUUUGUAUCUAUCUAA